GCGCGGCGCUGGCGCAUGCGCGGGGCGGCGGCGAUGGCGUCGGGGUGCCGGGUCGGGCCGUCCGUCCUCAACGGCGACCUGGCGGCGCUGGGCGCCGAGUGCGGGCGGCUGCUGGAGUGCGGCGCCGACUACCUGCACCUCGACGUGAUGGACGGGCACUUCGUGCCCAACAUCACCUUCGGGCACCCCGUGGUGGAGAGCCUGCGCCGCCGGCUGGGCCAGGAGCCCUUCUUCGAUAUGCACAUGAUGGUGGCCAGGCCGGAGCAGUGGGUGAAGCCGAUGGCCGUCGCCGGCGCCAACCAGUACACCUUCCACCUGGAGGCCGCGGACAACCCCGGGGCGCUCAUCAAGGACAUCCGGGAGAACGGCAUGAAGGUGGGCUUGGCUAUCAAACCCGGCACGACGGUCGAACACUUGGCACCCUGGGCCAACCAGAUAGACAUGGCGCUGGUGAUGACAGUGGAACCGGGAUUUGGAGGGCAGAAAUUUAUGGAAGACAUGAUGCCAAAGGUUCAGUGGCUGAGGACGCAGUUUCCAUCACUGGAUAUUGAAGUGGAUGGAGGAGUUGGGCCUGACACCAUCCACAAGUGUGCAGAGGCAGGUGCGAAUAUGAUUGUAUCUGGCAGUGCUAUUAUGAGGAGCGCAGAUCCAAGAUCUGUGAUCAAUCUUCUAAGGAAUGUGUGUUCAGAAGCUGCUCAAAAGCGGUGUCUGGAUCGAUGAGACCUACUCGAACAGUGUUCAAGAAGGCUCUGUGCGUGCAGGAGAACCUUUGUUUUUCAUGCGUAAGGGAGGGCUGGAUGAACAUUAAUUACGGAAAUUUGUUGCUGCUGAACAGCGGAAUCAUUCCUUCACUGCAAUGAAGCAAGCAGCAGUGAAAAACAUUCUGGCUGUCUUUCAGGGUUGGAAAUGCAAUGGUUUGAACCUAUUUCUUGAUUCUGUGGAGGCUAAUUUUAUGCACCAACCUUUAAUGCUGAGUGGAUUGAACUAAAAUUCGGUCAGUUUUUGCUUGCUAGAAGAGUGUAGCAUCACCACAUGCAAUCUCUCUUGUGGAAGACUCUAAUGAACCUGCCUUCUGCUGUCUGUAUUUUGUCACUUGAUCUGUGCAUUCCUACAAAACUUUUCCAAUGUCUGCAUUAAACACACUUCUUCUGGUGUGGUAA